AUGUGCAGGCUAGAGCCACAGGCAGAAACAAACAAAAUUAAAAAUAAUAAAGAAACUCUUCUUCUAUCAAAAAAUAAAAUCAAAUUCGAAAAACGAGAAAAGGAAAAACAAAUAAAGACGGUUGAGGCCGCCUCUGCUGCGCUCACGAAGCAGCAGCAGCGGCAGCAGCAGCAACAGCAGCAGCCGCUGGAAGGACAGGAGCAGCGGCUGCAGCUGGAGCAGCCAGAGCAGCAGCUCGAGCAGCGGCAGCAGCUGCAGUCCGAGCAGGUGCAGCAGCAAGAACUGCCGCUGCUGCUGCAGCAACAGAAGGAAGAACAGGAUGAGCUGCUGCUGCUUCAGCAGCACGAGGAAGAGGAGCAGCAGCUGCUGCGGGAGCCGCAGCUGCUCAGGCUGCUGCAGCAGGGGCAGCAGCAGCAUCCUCCAUGCAGCGGUAGCAGCAGCAGCAACAGCAGCAAAGAUUCUAAGGAAGCAGCAGCAGCAGCUGCUGCUGCCGAAGCAGCAGGAGAGAAAGAGGGUAUUUUGGAGUUGUGCGUCAAGUCUAUUUUAUUUUUAAAGGAAUAA